AUGGCUGCCAACACUUUCAAGUCUGUGGGACCGGAACUUGCCGCGGUUCUACCUCCGAAUGACAGGCCAUGGUAUAAGAAGCGAAACCAAAUCUUCCUCAACUUCUGCCUCAUGAGCCUUUUCCUCCUCUCUUCAGGUAACGGUUACGAUGGGUCAAUGCUGAAUGGCUUACUCGCCCUCCCACACUGGCAGUCGUUCAUGAAACAUCCCAAGGGCGCGUGGCUCGGAUUCAUUAGCGGCGCCCAAAACCUCGGCUCCAUCUUCUUCUUCCCCGUCGUCGCAUGGUCCUCUAAUCGCUUCGGUCGCAAACCAACCAUCCUUAUGGGCUACAUGUUUCUAUGCGUCGGCGUGGGUCUGCAGACCGGAGCUACGAACGUACCCAUGUUUGUCAUAUCACGCGUCAUUGUUGGCAUUGCGAGUGCUUUUUUUGGCGGUUGCGUGCCUCUAUUGAUGACCGAAACGGCUUAUCCUACUCACCGCGGCAUUCUCACCAGCCUUUACAUGUGUGGGUGGUACGUUGGCUCUUUCCUCGCCGCAUGGUCCACGUACGGCACCCGCAACUACGACAAUUCUUGGUCCUGGCGUAUCCCAUCCAUCUUCCAACUACUACUUCCAAUACUUGUACUUCCUGGACUAAUAAUGACGCCGGAAUCUCCGCGUUUCUUGGCCUCCAAAGAACGAUACCAAGAGGCUCGCGCGUUCCUCGUCAAGUACCAUGCAGAAGAUGACGAGACGUCCCUCUUAGCAGCGUUCGAGCUUGCGGAAAUAACCCGAAGCAUCCAAAUGGAGCGUGAGUUCCAGAAAAGCAGCUCGUAUCGAGAAAUGGUUGCCACCGCUCCCAACCGGAAAAGAACGUUUAUCACCAUCUUCCUGGGAGUCUUUGACCAAUGGGCCGGCCAAAACGUUGCAGGUUACUACCUGGCUCCAGUGCUUACUACUAUUGGCAUCACCACCGUCACGCAGCAGACUCUCAUCAAUGGGUUCCUGCAGAUCUGGAAUCUCCUGUGCUCCCUGAUCGGCGCAUUCAACGUCGACCGUGUUGGGCGUCGUUUUCUCUUCCUGGCGGCCACCACUGGCAUGCUCAUCUCUUACAUCCUGAUCACCGCGCUUUCGGCCACCUUUGCGAAGGGAGGAUCAGCAGAGGUCGGUACAGCUGUUGUCCCGUUCCUCUUCCUUAUGUAUGGGUGCUUCUCUCUGGCUUUCACACCCCUAGUGGUGGCGUACCCCGUCGAGAUCUGGCCAUACAAUCUGCGCGCCCGUGGCCUUUCUACAAUGUGGGUGUCGACCGCUACAGCCGUCUUCUUCAACAUCUUCAUCAAUCCUAUCGCGCUCGAGGCGAUUUCAUGGAAAUACUACCUACUAUAUGUGUUCAUUCUCGCCACUGGCGGUAUUGUGAUCUAUUUCACAUUCCCCGAGACGCGAGGUCAUAGUCUCGAGGAGAUGGCGCGAGUCUUCGAAGGAGAGAACGCACCGGUCCCAAAAGAAGGCGAUAUCGCAGACAAGAUCACAACAUCUGGAAUCGCCACCCACGUCGACGACGCUAGCGACCCCCAUAAUAAAGGUUAA